AGCUGUACGUGUUCUGUGGCUGCACUAUAGUGGUAUUGUGUUUCGUAUUGUCACGUAUUGUGUUGUGGCGGCGCCUCAUUGUGGCUUGCAGCAGCUGUCACGAAAGCAAUAUAGGAUUGUGAAAGAGGCAGCUGAAGCUUGGCAGGAGCUGUAAGGGAAGCUGAUUGUCGCUAGUGUGAAAGUGUCGGUGGAGGAAUAACUGCGAUGUUUUCGCGUGAGGUACCGAGCCGUUUAGUAUGGAUGGCAGUGUUCCAAGUUUUGUUGAUUGUGUUCGACGUUUCGUGUCACGGUCACAGUCAUCACAACGAACUCAACAAAGAGCGGGUACAGGACGGUGCAGUCGGAUCCAGGGGCCAAAAGCACUUCGAAGCCGAGCAGCACGACACGAGCUUUGAUCACGAAGCUAUCCUGGGUAGCAAAGAUGCAGUUGAGGAGUUCGACCAGCUGCCCCCCGAGGAAGCUAAGGCCAGGUUAAAAGAGUUGGCGAUUAAAAUGGACAAGGAUAAAGAUGGCUUUGUUGACAGGCUUGAGCUCAUUGACUGGAUACUGCGUUCUUUCAAGUUGCUUACACAAGAAGAGGCAGCUGAGCGAUUUGAAGAUGAAGACAAGAAUGGUGAUGGAAAGGUUACUUGGGACGAGCAUGUGAGUGAAGCCUUCGGAUCACCACAGAAGAUUUCGGACAGCGACAGUGAAGAUAAUGACUUGAGACUUCUCGAAGAAGAUGACCGUUACUUCAAGGCAGCCGAUGCAAAUGGAGAUGGCGUGCUGGACAAGAAUGAAUUUCCCAAGUUCUCCCAUCCAUCUGAAUUCCCGGAAAUGCAGGAGACAUUGUAUGAAGAGACAAUGAAACGCAAGGACGUGGACAAAGAUGGCUACCUGAGCCUUGAAGAGUUCACGACAGAAGACCCAGACAAGCCACUCAGCAACGAGCAGUACAUUGCAGAAAAGGAGCGGUUCGAGGUGGACUAUGACAAGAAUGGUGACAGAAAGCUUGACAAAGAGGAAACUCUCAACUGGCUCCUACCAGGAAAUGAUGAAGUUGCAGAACAAGAGGCAGAACAUCUCAUAGCCAAUGGCGACGCUGACAAUGAUGGCAAGCUUUCCAUACAAGAGAUUAUUGACCACCACGAACUCUUUGUUGGAAGCGAAGCAACUGACUAUGGCGAACAUCUACACAACACCAGCCGAUUCAGUGAUGAACUUUAGGGUCACAUCAUCCUUUUGUGUAUUGUGUGUGUGUGGGCGCAUGUAUCUUCCUGUGAGUUAGUGGAUACAAACUGAAGCAACUUGAGGCAUGGAUGUCCCGAGUGGGAGUUUUGUUUUGUUUUAUAAACUUUAUUUUUGCUCAGGUAUGUCUGCACCUUGUCAUGUUCGUGUAUCAGGCAGUUAUUUAUCUGUUUGUGGGUGCUUCUGCAGAGUGAAUGAUUUUCUAGACCAUUCAAGGCCAAGGGUACAAUAAAAAAUCUCUAUGCCUCCUG